AUGUGUCCUCUGCACACCUUCUCGUCUGUCGCCCGCAGUCAUAACUUUGCGGCUUCGGCUGUUUCUCGGAGGCAUCAGUUCUUGAUAAGGUCUCUGGGAGGGGUCAGGGGGUCGGCUUCCUCCCGAAGGAUGGCGGCAGGAGUGACGAAUUUGAGUAGUCUCGGACUAGAGGCUGACGCCGGCAGCAUUUUAAAGCGUAUUACUCCACCUUUGGACUCGGGUCUGCAUAAGGGCCAGGCAGGUGAGAUUUCGUCUGUGGAAUUGUACGCGUUUGGGUGUAACUUUCAUUUCUUCUUCGCAUUCGAUCAAGCGGGGAGAAGCAUAAUCAAGGGAUAGAUGAAGAGAAAAUUGUAUCCAAUCGAUUGUGGCUCUAGAGGCCAACUGGUUGAUGCGGCUUUUCCCAUCGGAUUGGUAGAGGUUAUGUGCGAAAAAAAUUCUGCUCCGGCAACAAGCUGCGAUGGACACCAUCCCAGGGGAAUGGCCGGGUUCUGUUUGUUUCUUUCACUAAUCCAGGCAUGCCUUCCUUUUGCUCCCAUGGAAUUAUAUUCUUAGCUCUUAUGAGGCGGUGUCGUUCUCUUUUGUAUGCAAUCAUUCUGAAACUGUCUGUGCACCAAUGACUCAUACCAGCAUUCAUUUAUGACCCAUGGAAGAUUUCACUCUGAUGACGAACCGUGGGGGUCAAUACUACUGUUUUAGGAACUGAUGUAUCGGAUUUGUGAAAGCACGUUCAAUUCCCGCAUGCCGAUUUUGAAAUGUAUUCUUGGAUCAGUCCAGUGCUGAUUUUUCUGUUAAUCCACUGUUUUUCAAACAUUUGAAGACGUUCUCUUUCUUCUCUUGGGUAGACUGCGAGGUUUUUCUCAAAUUAACAAUUCUUGAGCAGUUAGGGCAUUGCCACCGCAAUGCCAAACAAAUGAGCGCUACGAUUGAUAAAAGGCGGGGACAUUCGUCACUGCUUGACCCCCAUUAAAAAUAACGUGGGGACAUUCGGCUUUUCCCCUCAUUUGAAAAAAAAUAGUUCUCUCUUCAGUGAUAGCAGCUUUCGAUACAGUGAAGCGUGGUGACAUUUUUUUCUCGUGUUAAUGUUUAACUUAUUCCUGUCAUCCUUGGAGACAACAUUAAAAGCAAUAUAAAUCUUUUGAUUGGGUACAAUAAUGUCUUAUUUUCUCCGCCAACUAUCCAUCUAACGUUAUAUACUUCGGUUCCUUUUGUUUUAUGGUCAUGCGCACCCAUUCUUACGAAUCAAUGCGCCCAGUUAUGAGCUGCUGACUGAAACAUUUCUGAUAAAAGGAAUAUGAUCUUUUAGUCUUUCAACGUUCAUUUGACUUGUUCUUAAUUGGUUAAUUCGAACAGAUUCGAUCUAAGAAAUUGCUUUCACAAGACUUAUUCAAAUAAACAUUGAUAAAGUAUUGUGCGUGAAAAAAUAAUUUAUUGCAAAUGUUUCUGUGACGCACAUUUCAUUUCAGUUACAGAAAUUUCAAUUCAGAGAUGCAACAAUAGUGGCCCAGUUUCCAUUAAAAUAUAAUAUGACAGCUACUUAGGAAAAUGAAAUUAUCAUAUUGGUCUCUUUACAUUGCUGGAUACAUAUUGGAUUUUUCUCUCAGAGUGGAAAUCGUGUUGAGUUCUGUAUAGGUGUAUGCUUUAGCAUAUAUUAAUUGGAAAAUAAUAUAUGUCCCUUCGACUAUUUUGAAGCAUUCUUUCCAAGAUAGUAAGGUUGUACCUGGAUUUUUCCUUGACUUAUAUAGUUUCAUGGCUCUCUUGAGAUCAUCAUCAACAGAUGACGUGUAAUUUGUUCUCACAAAUGUGACUGAUUUGCUUAUUCAAUUAUCUAAUAUGUUUCAAAAGAAAGUUAUUUUCCAGGUGCAUAGUUUCUGUUCUAUCUAGUUUGUACUGAUGACAUCAGUUCAAGGCAUCUACGAAUUCCUUGUCUUUCCAAUUUUUUUCAGCUCUUGUCAAGAAAUAUAUGUUUGUGCAGGGAAGAUAGCUGUUAUUGGUGGAUGCCGUGAAUACACAGGUGCUCCAUAUUUUGCUGCCAUAUCUGCUCUAAAAAUUGUUAGUAUCUCUUUUCUCAUAUCCCUCCGUGUCUGUUUUGUAAAAUAAUGGAUCACUCAUGCGUAUUUUUAUUUACAUUUUAUGACGGCCAUGCAGGGUGCAGAUCUAUCGCAUGUCUUUUGUACAAAGGAUGCUGCACCUGUUAUUAAAAGCUACAGUCCCGAGUUGAUCGUGCACCCUGUGCUUGAAGAAUCAUAUAGUAUAAGGUGGUAAUAUAUACAGCUUUCCAAGUUCUUCAUUUAUCUUGGAGUCAUUGUAUGAUGAUAUAAUUUCAUCCAGGGAGGAUGAAAAAGCAUCAGUUUCAAGUCUGGUCGUAGCUGAAGUCAAAAAAUGGAUGGAACGGUUUGAUUGCCUUGUGGUUGGCCCAGGUCUUGGAAGGGACGCAUUUCUCAUGGUUAGUUACAAAUUCGAGAUUCUUCCGAGUUAACUGGCUUAAAAUUUGAUAGUUUCAUUUCUUAUAAGAAUUUUGCAUUGGAGGAAACAUAAUAAAUUGGCAUCACAAUUUUUCUGCUAAUCUGAGGAAAAUAUGUGAUGCUUUGCAGCUUAUUUCUGAUUAAAGAUCGCCUUCAGUGUGUGAAGAAAAUUACGCACCUAAUGGCAUCUUCAGUCUCUAAAUGUAAAAAUGCGCUCUACUUUGGUUUGAUAUCUGGGGAAGAUAUAUAUCAAUAAUGCAUCCAGAAUUGAAAUUCACAUCUCUGGAUAAAAACUUUCUUUCAGCUAAAAACGCUCUCUUUAUUGGUAUAGCCUAUUUCUGAACAUAACGGUUUUAGCCUGAACGGAAUUUUUUCCUCUUAGACUUUCAAUGCCUGCUUUUGCAACUUCCCUUCGGUAGUUUCUUGGAUCCUAUCGUAAGAAAUCAUUUAACAAGGCCUGCUGUUCGAAUGUAGACUUGAUUCCUCACUUUUUCCUGCUUAAGAUUAAAUGAUAUCGUCCUCUCUUUCCACGAUUAAGAAUAAAGCAUAUUUUGCAUAUUUCAAUUAUUCCUGCUUUCAAUCUGUAAUACUUAACUUUCUGAUAAAGGAUUGCAUCAGCGAAAUCAUGAGGCAUGCAAGGCAGUCAAACAUCCCCAUUGUUGUUGACGGAGUAUGUAUUCCCUGGUGAAACAUUUAGUGUCAACUUCAUCUAUAACUAAGAGGCUUCAAGUUGUUGAAAUAGUUGUAAUUUUUCAUGUACGCAGGAUGGGCUUUUCUUAGUCACCAACAACCUAGGUCUCAUCGCAGGGUAUUCUUUGGCCGUCCUAACCCCAAACGUGAACGAGUAUAAACGUCUAGUUGAAAAGGUACUUGGUAGAAAUGCUGAUGAUCAAGAUGCUGCUGAGCAACUGUUAUCCCUCUCUAGAAGGUAAAUACCUUGAAAUCUGCAUAUGAUGGACAUCUUUGGUUUAGUUGCCACUCAUAUUAGAGUAUCUUUUGGUUCAGUGUUGGGGGAGCAACAAUCUUGCGAAAGGGCAAUGCAGAUCUUAUUAGUGAUGGCGAAACUGGUGCGUUUAAAAGAUCGUCUUACACAACCAUUCGUGUAUUUUUCAUCUGCCAGAGUGAUAAUUUGUACUCCAAUGUCUGUGAAUGAUUGCCACUCUGACAGAUGGAUUCAUCUUUCUAAUAAUUAGCUGAAUUAAUUUCAACUAUAAUGUCAAACGGUUAUAUUUCUCUGCGCGAUAUAAUUUGAGCACUCAUGACUGCAGCUGCAACGACCUUACAUUCUUCAUUCCCCAUGUUUUUUACCUGCAGUCAGUGUGGUGAGUGCUUUUGGAUCUCCACGGCGCUGUGGCGGGCAAGGGGAUAUCCUUUCUGGGAGGUUGGCUCAUAGCUCUUGCUUUAGUUUCCUGUGCAUGAAAACUUGCGAAAAUAACAUUUUUCGCUUGUUACUGCAAGAAGACAUUUCCUUUGUGCAGCUCAUCAUAGCCUAGCAUUUUAACCAGUAUGGUUCAAUUUAUAGACUGUGAUUGCGCUACUGCAUUGACGACCAUAUAGAUUGUGAGGAAAAGGACCAGGACAGGAAUUUGCAUCUCAACAAUGUUGUCAAUUGAAACUAUUGUCGAAAGGUUUUGUGAUGAUUUGGAUAAAACAUCUAAUCGUCAAUUUCGUUUUUUUUUUUGGGGGGCUCAGGUUUUUCUCUGGUUGACCUAGGCUGUCAGGUAGUUAAAUUUCUGUUCGGUCUUCAACUCUUUCCAGCUUCUUGGGCUUUCUUUCUCGUGGUCUCUUAUCCCAUUUUGAGGCUCCUUUUUCCUACAUUUUUUCCUCAUGUUGACUGGCAUAUGUGCUUGGACGAAUUUCUCCAAGAUGUUCAUUGUUAGUUGUCUCUGUGGCAUCCAGUGUCGCUGUCUUUUCCUCUUGGGCGCGGCAACAGAUAUCUGAGCAUAGCGAGCGUUUAAACUUCAGGUUUCCGACUUCUAAUCAUCUGAUUUUUUGAGUGAGGCAUACGGUUAUUAGUAUAUGGCAUUAAACUGUAUUCUAUUGUUUAUUGUCUCUGCGGUGCGGUACAAAGCUCUUCAAAUCCAAUGGUUUUGGGGUGCAUUGCUGGCUCUGCAUUGCUCCGGAAAGCUGCAUCUCUUGCCUUUGCAGAAAAUAAACGGGCAACCCUCACUACCGAUAUUAUUGAGAGCUUAGGAGCAAGGUCGUUUCUGCCUUUUGUGCAAUAAUUUUAGCAUCUACAUUUAUUCCUAAAAUUUCCCUUCUUCUGCAGUUUGGAGGAAAUAUGCCCAGCAAAAUGA